UCUAGCAAAGAGCUAAAUUCCUACAGUGUUUACAAAUUGGUGAAUUCCAGGUACAGUGUUGUUGGCUACUCGAGGCAUAUAACCUCGAAUAUUUUCUCUGGUAAUUGAAUGAAACUCCACAGUGAUUAUCUAUACUUGAACGAGUGAUGGAAAGCAGCGAGGACACGAUUAGAGUUAAGAAAGAGCCGGACGACACUUGUUCAUAUGCCGGAGUCGAUUCGGUUUUUCAUCCAAUGGACGCUUGCAAAGGCAAAAUCUUUGAAACAUCUGGGUUUGAUAAAUCAUCAGCAAAUCACACGAAUGAGACCAUGCCCUUACAAGAAAAGAUAGAUGAAAAAGUGUUCGUAGAAUUUGAGUGCAAAAAUGUUAAACAUGAACUCACGUCUCUUUCGGCAGAGAUCUGUAAAACAGAGAAUCAAAGUUUUCUACCUAUUGUGAAAAUUGAAAACGAAAAUCAGGCAAAUAUCAUAAAUGAAAAUAUAUUCGUUGAUUUUGAGUGUAAAAAUGUUAAAUCUGAACUAAAGUCUGUGACGACAAACAUCUGUAAAACUGAUAUUCAAAGGUGUCUACCGAUUGUAAAAGUAGAGAGUCAUUUUCAGCCUAAUUAUUCGAAUGAUAACGGUCAGGUGAUUUCGAUAAAAAAGGAAUUCGAUCGUGAUAAUAGUGCAUUUCAAGCGAAUUCCCAAUUGGAGUUUAAAAAACAUAAGGAAGUUGAAAUGUUCGCCAAAACAGCUCACUUAAAUAGAGUACACGAUCAUACCAAAUCGUUUGAAUGUGAGAUUUGUCACAAAUCAUUUGAAAGAAAAGAUUAUCUUAAAACUCAUGUAAAUUCACAACAUAAUACGGAAAAACCUUUCGAAUGUGAGAUUUGUCACAAAUCAUUUGGAUACCGAAGUUAUGUCAAAAGGCACACGAUGACAGUACAUAAUCUUAGCAGACCCUUUGAAUGUGAGAUUUGCCACAAAUCAUUUCGACACAAAUGCAUGCUCAAAACUCACGUAGAGGUUGUACAUAACCGUAGCAAACCCUUUUAUUGUGACAUUUGUCACAAAUCAUUUGGGUUCAAAAGUAACUUAAAUAAGCACAUAUGUGCAGUACAUAAUCAGAGCAAACCCUUCGAGUGUGAGGUUUGUCAGAAAUUAUUUGGACAAAAAAGUAACCUCAAAAUUCAUGUAAAUACAGUACAUAAUCGGAGCAAACCCUUUGAAUGUGUAAUUUGUCACAAAUCAUUUUCUUCCAAGAGUUAUAUCAAUAUUCACAUUAAUUCAGUUCAUGAUCGAAACAAUCCCGUUGAGUGCGACAUUUGCCACAAAUCAUUUCGACAAAAAUGCGAGGUCAAAACUCACGUAGAGGUUGUACAUAACCGUAGCAAACCCUUUGAAUGUGAGAUUUGUCAUACAUCAUUUGGACAAAAAGGUACCCUCAAAGCUCACAUCAAUGCAGUACAUGCUCGUAGCAAACCCUUUGAAUGUGACAUUUGUCUAAAAUCCUUUGUACAAAAACAUCACCUUCAACGUCACGUGAGCACCGUACAUGAACUUAGAAAACCCUUUGAAUGUGUGAUUUGUCACAAAUCAUUUGGACACAAACAUUCAUUUAAACGUCACGUGAGUGCAGUACACGAACUUAAAAAAACCCUUUGAGUGUAAAAUUUGUCACAAAUUAUUUGGAUACAAGGAUCACCUCAAUAAACACAUCAAAGUGGUAUAUUGUUGAUCGCAAGAACACCUUCAUUGCCGCCACAAAUCAUUUGUAUACUGGGUUAACAUCGAUUUUGUCUGGUCCAACAGAGUGGUGAAACGUGUUUAAGCAUAGGAAAUUCCGGCUUUCCAUCGGACAGAAUCGAUGUUAACCCAGUGUAUACCAGAGUGAACUCAAAAUGCAUAUAAAUGCAGUAGAUGAUCGUUUCAGAGCCUUUAACUGCUGGAAUUGGUCGCAGACAUUUGGAUGCAAUGAAUUAGACUUCUAAAUGUAUA